UAAAAUAAAAAUGGUGUUUCCUGGUCGUUUUGAAAAGGUCGGUUCGAUAAUCGAUACUACCGCAGCUCCUACAAGGUUUAUGGAGGGUUUUAACCUGGUCUUCCGUCCAAACCCUCUUGUGUUCUUCAAUCAAUUCAUGUAUACAAUAAAUUACUUCCCCAAUUACUAACAAUCCACUCGUUCUUUCAUCUAUUUUCUUACAAAAAUCAUCUCCAAGUUACAGUUUGAUGUUCAGCACUCAAUCCCAAACUCUAUUGGGUUUAUCACUUGAUCAAUCCCACUUUCCCCAAAUUACUUCCAAACCCACAACAGUUUUCCGGUUAGAUUCAUCGAAGCAACCAAAAAUUAUGUUUCGAAACAUCUCUCGACGACUCUCUUCAAGAAUCCCACCAACUUCUUCCCUAAAUUCGCACUCAUUUCGUUGCAAGUUUAGUAGUUUUUGGGGGUAUUCCGGAAACGCAGUUCGUUCCGAGAAAUUAGCGUUUAAACCUAUGGAUUUCGAUUGUUCUUCGUCAAUUAAAUCACACCCAGAAAGAAAUCUAUUCGAAAUAGGUCAAAUUUUGACUACAGACGGAGGUAUUGGGAGGGGAAAUCGUAUUGGUUUCAGUUUCAAUUUCAACGAGUUGUGUGCAAAAGGAUAUGCUAGUAUGGCGGAAGCUGUUGCUUCUUCAUCCACGGAUGCAGAUGAGGACGUUAAUGGCGGUGAUGAGGUUCAAAAAUUGCUGACUGAAAUGUGGAAACAAGAAAGAAGACAAGCUACUAGGGGUUGGUGGCGGCAAAAGAGGGCAAAAACCGGCAGCAGUUGGAAUUAUCUGAAACUUAAACGACGGCAAGUGAAGAUUGAAACAGAGGCAUGGGAACAAGCUGCUAAUGAGUACAAGGAGCUUUUGAGUGAUAUGUGUGAAAAGAAUUUAGCACCAAAUUUGCCAUAUAUGAAGUCAUUGUUUCUUGGGUGGUUUGAGCCAUUGUGUAAAAGGAUUGGUGAAGAUCAAGAAUUGUGUAGAAAAGGGAAGCAUAAGGCCGCAUAUGCACCUUAUUUUGAUUUGCUUCCAGCUGAUAAGAUGGCUGUAAUCACAAUGCAUAAGAUGAUGGGAUUAAUAAUGACAGGUGGGGAGAAUGGUUGUGCUAGAGUUGUAUCAGCUUCGUGCAGUGUGGGUGAAGCGAUUGAACAGGAGAUUAGGAUACACAAAUUCUUGGAGAAAACAAAGACAAAAAAAGCCGCUAAAGAUGCAAAAACCGAAGAAAAAGUUCCCGACAUUGAUAUCAAGGAACAAGAGGGAUUACAUAAGAAAGUUACCAACUUGAUGAAAAAACAAAAGUUGCAGGUUGUAAGCCGCAUUGUGAAGGAUCACGAUGAUUCAAAACCAUGGACGCAAGCUGUUAAAGCUCAGGUGGGAAGUCGUCUGAUUGAAUUGCUUUUGCAGUCCGCUUAUAUACAGCCUCCAGCUGAUCAAUCGGGUGAUAUGCCACCUGAUAUUCGACCUGCGUUUGUGCACACAUCUAGAACUUCCGUGAAAGGACAAAGGACCGGAAGAAGAUAUGGUGUUAUUGAAUGCGAUCCAUCAGUGCGCAAAGGGCUAGAGAGAUCUUGCAGGCACGUGGUUAUCCCUUAUAUGCCAAUGUUGAUACCUCCCGUCAAGUGGGCAGGUUAUGACAAAGGAGCUUACCUUUUCUUACCGUCCUCUAUCAUGCGCAUUCAUGGAGCGAAGCAACAACGUGAAGUGCUUAAGAGGACCCCGAAGGAGAAUCUGCAGCCGGUUUUUGAAGCCUUGGACACCCUUGGAAUUACUAAAUGGAGGGUGAAUAAAAGGGUACUAGCAGUGGUUGACAGAAUAUGGUCCGACGGUGGCUGCCUUGCUGGUUUGGUUGACCGCCAUGAUAUUCCUUUGCCGGAGGAACCAGAUACAGAAGAUGAAGAACAACUGAAAAAGUGGAAAUGGAAGGUUAAAAAGGUGAAGAAGGAGAACAAAGAGCGACAUUCCCAACGCUGUGACAUUGAGCUCAAACUAACUGUGGCGCGAAAGAUGAGAGAUGAAGCCGGGUUUUUCUACCCACACAACCUAGAUUUCCGAGGCCGUGCGUACCCAAUGCAUCCAUACUUGAACCAUCUUGGCUCGGAUCUUUGCAGGGGUAUAUUGGAGUUUGCAGAGGGACGACCUAUCGGGAGUUCAGGCCUUCAAUGGCUGAAGAUACAUUUGGCGAAUCUAUUUGCUGGUGGUGUCGACAAAUUACCUCUUGACGGUAGAAUAGCGUUCACUGAAAGUCACUUGCAUGAUAUAUUCGAUUCUGCUGACCGACCACUUGAUGGUGAUCGCUGGUGGUUGAAUGCUGAAGAUCCGUUUCAGUGUUUGGCUGUUUGUAUUCAUCUUGCUGAAGCUUUGAGAAACCCGUCUCCGGAAACUACUAUUUCUCAUAUUCCUGUGCACCAGGAUGGUUCGUGCAAUGGUUUACAACACUAUGCUGCCCUUGGCAGAGACAAACUAGGUGCAUCGGCUGUCAAUUUGGUCAAAGGAGAACGACCUGCUGAUGUGUACUCGGGAAUUGCUGCAAGAGUUCUUGAUAUCGUCAAGCGAGAUGCACAAUUGGAUCCUGCUUCAUAUCCAGACGCGAAGCAUGCACGGCUUUUGAUCAAUCAGGUGGACAGGAAGCUGGUGAAGCAAACGGUAAUGACGUCAGUUUAUGGCGUCACUUACAUCGGUGCUCGAGAUCAGAUAAAGAAGAGGUUGCAGGAACGUAGUAAUAUUGCCGAUGAUGCCGAGCUUUUUGGUGCAGCUUGUUAUGCUGCAAAAAUCACUUUAGCUGCAUUAGGGGAAAUGUUUGAAGGUGCACGUAAUAUCAUGAACUGGCUCGGAGACUGUGCAAAGUUAAUUGCCUCAGAGAAUGAGCCAGUGCGGUGGACUACUCCACUCGGUCUUCCCGUUGUACAACCUUAUCGCAUGUAUGGAAGACAUCUUGUUUCGACUUCUCUCCAAGUACUAACCCUGCAGCGUGAAACUGAAAAGGUGAUGGUAAGGCGACAAAAAACAGCUUUUCCGCCAAAUUUUGUUCACUCGCUCGAUGGUUCACAUAUGAUGAUGACGGCAAUCGCUUGUAAACGGGCGGGCUUGAAUUUUGCAGGUGUCCAUGAUUCGUAUUGGACGCACGCUUGCAAUGUGGACGAAAUGAACAAAAUUUUGAGGGAGAAGUUUGUUGAACUUUAUCAAACGCCAAUAUUGGAAAACUUGUUGGAAAGCUUUCAAAAGUCGUUCCCGACGUUAUCCUUCCCGGCCUUGCCAGAUAGGGGAGAGUUUGAUCUUUCAGAUGUUCUACAAUCGUCUUAUUUUUUCAACUGAAAAGAUACCGAAAGCCGCUCCAGAAUAUAUCCGUCAUUCUUUCAUUUGUGGGCCAUUUUGUUGGUUGAGAACCUCCACGAGACUAUUUUACGAUUGCUAGAAAGAACAAAUGUGAACCCAUGAAGCCGGGUUCAGCAUAUAUCGAGCAUUACGGUUGUUUUCGGAGGUGCACACGUGGCUAAAGCUAUUUUUAACAUUGCUCGAUUUGUAUAUAUAUUCUGUGUCCAUUGAUGUAUAGUUUCGGAAGUAGACAUAAACUCAUGAAAGUAUGUAAAAGACUGUUUCAUGUCCCUGCUGAUCCGUCCUAGCGUCAGAGGUGUAGGUGUAAUCCAUAUUUGUGAGGUACUGGGUUCAAGCCCGGACCCUGCUGAUUUUUGUCCUAGCGGUAGAGGUGUAGGUGUAAUCUGUAUGUGUGAGGUACUGGGCUCAAACCCGGGCCCCGUCCCUCUGCCAAUGGGGUGGAUAUAUGAAUUACCUCCAUGAUGACUGGGGGACCGGUACAGCAGAGACGUUCUACCAGGUGGCAAAUACUUUAUUAAAAUUUGAACUCAUUGUAGCAAUGUGGCGUCUGCUGGUUAUAAGAAAUUAAGAAUCCAUUAGUUAAAA